UUGACCAUUACAAUUACUACAACGUGAAAGCAAUCAAAAGUAAACAAAAAAGAAACAAGAAGAGAAGUGAUGAGUAAGAAGAAGAUAUUGAUUGUGGGAGGCACAGGUUACUUGGGUCAGCAUCUAUUACAAUCUUAUUAUUCUAAUCAAUCUCUGACAGUGGCAUUCACCUAUCACUCUUCUCCUCUUCUUCAACCUUUGUUGGAUGCAUUUCCUGAUUCUCAAUCUUUCCAAGUCGAUUUGAAAUCUGGCAUUGGAUUUGAUGCCAUUUCCAAUGCUUUUGGCCAGCCUGAUGUGGUUGUCAAUUGUGCUGCCAUCUCGGUGCCUCGUGCUUGUGAAAAUGAUCCUGAUACUGCAAAUGCUAUUAAUGUGCCGUCAUCCCUCGUAAAAUGGUUGCAAAGCUUUAAACAGAACAGUACUCUUCUCAUUCAUCUCUCCACAGAUCAAGUUUACGAAGGUGAGAAGUCCUUUUACAAGGAAGAAGACAUUCCUAUUCCAGUAAAUGUUUAUGGAAAAACUAAAGUGGCAGCAGAGAAGUUCAUUUCAGAAAACUUCCCAAACUUUGCGAUUUUGAGAAGCAGUAUCAUCUAUGGGCCACAAACUGUCUCACCAGUUCCAAAAUCUCUUCCUAUUCAGUGGAUUGACAGUGCCCUUUCUAAAAGAGAAAAGGUGAAUUUCUUUCACGACGAGUUCCGUUGUCCAAUUUUCGUUAAGGAUCUCGUAACUAUCAUACUAGCUUUAACAAGCCAGUGGUUAUCAGAGGGAAAGCAAAUGCAGUUGUUACUUAAUGCCGGUGGACCUGAUAGGGUAUCGCGCGUUGAAAUGGCUGACGCUGUUGCACAAUUCAGAGGGUAUGAUACCUCAUUAAUCAAAGCAGUCUCUGCUUCAACGGUUGACCGAGGUGUGAAGUCCCCGGCUGACAUAUCUAUGGAUAUCACUAGAUUGGUUCAAACUCUAAAUAUUAAUCCUGUUUCAUUUAAAGACGGUGUUAAAUUAACGCUUACAACUGAAGCUCAACAGUGAGGCAGAAACAAACUUGUCGUAUAAGGCUUCCUUGUUUAUUUGAGUAUCGUUGUUCACCAUUAAAAAUGACAUGUGCUCUCAAUAGUUGUUACUGCAUUUAGAUUGCUGUAAAAUAAAUCUAUGUAAAUUCUUGAAAAUACCAAGAAUGGAAAUAGUGGGUCAUCAUUGUAACACACUCUUUCCAUCAUGUGUCAUUAUCAUGGGAAUUAUGUCAUACUUUUCAUUAGGCUUGAAAAUAUGUUGCCUUGGCUUUUCA